CUUCCGAUAAAAUCACUGAUCCUCCAUGUGUUAUGUCAACGAAUGCAAUUAUUUGUCUGGAAGGACAUUAGAAGUAGAAUAAAGAAACAUCAAAUACUGUUCAUUAGGUAGUCGUACGAGAAGAUUUGACGUAUUUAUCGUCAGGAUGCUUCUCUGGUUGUUCGUAAUUUCUGCGCUGCGAUGGGGCACAGUGCAAGCAACACUCGAGAUAAUGAUCGAAGAUGUUGAAUGUACGGAAGUCAACUCAGAGUAUAUAAAAACGUGUGAAUUUGAGGUAGAAGAUGAUAGUACUUAUGGGGCUAGUUUGACCUCAAAUAUAGAGACCAUCAAACAUUUCCCUGAGACUGUUAGGGUAAUAGCUGAUAUAUUUACCGUUCAAUACGGCGAAUAUUCGGUCGACAUGGGACUCCACAUAGACACGCUGUUUUGUGAGGUCAUGGAAAAUUCAAAUUCCAUAGCAAACUUUUUAUUAACAGUGGUCAACAUGAAUGACGGUGAAUGUCCUCCGGGUCCGGGCGUUUACAAACAGGAAAAUUACGUAGUUGACAACACGAAAGGCUUACCGUCGUCUUUUCCCUCCGGUUAUUAUUUAAUGAACAUGACGUUUCUGAACGAUGAUACUGUAUUCGUGCACUUCAAUGCUUAUGUAAGAGUAAUGUAACGCUAUCAUUAGUUUAUGUAUCAAUGUAAUUCAAGACUUAGUUUGAUGUUUGUUAUUAAGGAUGUAUUGGCUAUACAGUCAAUCCCAAAAGUUUAU